AUGUCCGACGAGAAGUCCAAGCUUGCCGAGGCAGAGGGCCUUAAGAGGCUUGCCUUCUUUGGCAUUGCUAUCUCCACUGUUGCCACCCUCACUGCCAUUGUUGCUGUUCCUAUGCUCUACAACUACAUGCAGCAUGUGCAGUCUUCUCUUCAGAAUGAGGCAAUUUGUUUUAACCAAACUCAUUUAUCCAAUUUUUUUGAAUCGAUGAAAGGAGUAGACAGUCGUAUCAAGAGACACACUUGGCAACAACACUUCCGCGUUCCAGCCCGUGCUCACGCAUCUGGCACCUACUCAGAGGGAGGCUCUGGAGGCGGUGGCGGCGGAUACGGUGGAGGUAACAACUCAUUCUCUCGGAAUAAAACAGAAAUUUGA